AUGAUCGAUAAUUAGUAUCGGUCAACUGAGCAUUUUUUUUCCUUUGUAUAUUUUUUUACUGACUACGGAUAACAAAGCUAAAAAACAAAAGUUUGCAAUUAUAAAACAGUAUUAACAGUAUAAAACAGUACGUAUAAUGGAACGCUUAUAAAAUUGUAAAUGAAAACAAAUGGUGUCCGAUGUCAAUAAAAUCGAGCGGCGAAGUUAGUUUACCGAUAAAAUUAAAUAUAUUUGCGUAAGUGCAGGCCGUUACACAAGCUGGUGAAGCAUAUUAAUCCCGUAUUCUAGAAUUCUACAAUGCAGCUCCUUUACUUCCUGUGUUUACUGUCAAGUAUACCUUUUACUUACCAAGCCACGACCACCAGUGGAUCAGUCGAAUUAGACGAAUUUUCUUUUGAUAAGAUUACUGGAAAAUUCGAAGCUUCUCUCAUCAAGUUCGAUGUGGCUUUUCCAUACGGUGAUAAACACGAUGCGUUCGUGGCGCUUGCUAAAGACGCGAAGGACGUGGACGAUCUUUUAGUUGGCGAAGUCGGGGUGAAGGAUUAUGGCGAAAAAGAAAAUGAGGAACUAGCGAGGAAGUACGGCGCUACGAAGGAGAACUUCCCAAUUGUUAAGCUGUUUAUCAAGGGCAAAAGUGAGCCGAUACAGUUUGACGAUUCCAAAGGAUUCAGCACCGACGCAUUGAGACGCUUCGUACGAGAGAACACCGGUUUGUAUCUCAGUCUACCAGGCUGCGUAAAAGAGCUUGAUAAACUAGCAAUUAAGUUCAUGAAGACCAAAGGAGAUGACAGGAAAAAAAUAUUGAAAGAAACUGAAAAUGCACAGAAGAAUCUCAGUACCAAGGAAGCACCAUCGGGAAAAAUAUACAAAACAAUCAUGGAGAAGAUUCUAGAAAAAGGUGAUGAUUUUAUCAAAACUGAAACUGAAAGAGUGAAGAAGCUCCAAAGUGGAAAAGUAUCAGAUGAGAAGAAGAAAGAACUGGGAAUUAGACUGAACAUUCUCCAGACAUUCCAGCUCUAUGACAUCAAAGGCAGAAAUGUAAAAGACGACCUGUGAUUUAAUUAAAUUAGCUUAGGAUAUAUUUAGCAAUAACAUUCCAGACUAAACUUUAGAGAACGCUUAUUUUAUUUUAAUGUAAAGAACAUUAUUACUUUUUUAGAGUAUCAUUUCUCUCAUUCAAUUCAUUGAUGUAUAGGGAGAAACAUUCAAUGCUACUCAUGGUAGUCAGGUAAAUUAUGUAUAAUUAUAUCAGCAUAAUAGUUAUGUUAUUCCAAAUUUAAUUCAUGUGCACAUAAUUUGCCUGAUGAAGGUCAUACUAUUUUCCAUUAAAAUGUCAUAAUAUGACUAACCUUUAUACAAGGUAUUCUGUUGUUUCAUUUUGAAGCAAUUUGUUCACACUGAAUAAAUUAUCAAUUUGAAUGUACUUAUAGGUAAUUUUAAUAAUGUGUGUGAAGUUAAUAAUUGCACAAGUGUUUAAAUAAAAGUGUGAAACAAAGUGAA